AUGAUACAGUCGCUGAUCACACCAUUUUUACGCAAGCUGCCAUGGCUGGUACCACCNGAGAUUCAAACUCAUUUUAUUAAUAACAAGAAAACCUCUCCUUUCCGUAUGCAUUCCACUCUUUCGCACAGGAAAUUCGAUAUUGUCUUAAACUACUACGCAGAAAAUCCUGCUCUUGUCGCACAAUACAUCACCCAUCUAAAAAAUCUAAAGACUUUCAAAAAUAUUGAUCUUCAUAUUAUAGUAUAUACUAAAAACCCGAGAACGAAUAAAACACUAUUAAAAGAAAUUUUGAAAGUAAAUAAUAUCAUUGAACUGCCAAAUAUAGGACGAGAAGGCGCGACGUAUCUUCAUCAUAUUAUUGAAAACUAUGAUACAGUCGCUGAUCACACCAUUUUUACGCAAGCUGCCAUGGCUGGUACCACCAUCACCGGUUUGCUGGGCUGGUUUAUAGAUCGACUAGAAAAUCAAUUCAAUUCAUCUGUUGGGUAUAUGCCACUUGUAUCAAACAACAUGAUAAGCAACUACAAUUGUGGAUUCCAUCAAUCCGGACAUUACCCAAGAUUGACAGAAAUGUGGGGGAUCCUUGAACAAACGAUAUGUCCUCCUGGAGGCCAAGCAGUAAGUAAAGAUACAUCUGAGUACUGCGAGUUGAUUUAG